AAAGUCAGUCGGCCACAACGAAUCCAGUUUAGACUGGAGUACCUUUUCAUCAGGGAUACUUCUGAAUGGACACAACUUGCGGGAAUCUCUCCUGGCAUGGAUCAACUUAUCUUUAAUCUGAUUUUCUAGAGAUUUUCAUAGAUCUCAUCAAAUCUUAUGGUGGACCUUAUGUUUAAUUUGAGUUUCUUUGUUCAAACUUCUUCCCUUUGGGAUCUCCGCUAAGUUAUACCUUUAUUGACUAAUUCUUCCUGGUAGGUGCUUAUCAGGCUUUGGCAAUGAGUUGUUUCGGUUAUCGUCGAGAGCUGAGUAAGUAUGAAGAUGUUGAUGAGGACGAGCUCUUGGCAUCGCUCAGCCCAGAGGAGCUGGCUGAGUUGGAAAAGGAGUUGGUGGACAUUGAUCCUGAUGCCAACGUGCCCAUUGGACUCAGACAGAGAGAUCAGACAGACAAAACCCCAACUGGUACCUUCAGCAGAGAGGCCCUCAUGAAGUACUGGGAAAAUGAGACCCGUAGGCUUUUGGAGAACGAGAUAGCAGGAGGAAGCCCCAAACUGGAGGAAGAACAAGAAGAUGAUUGUCUGACAGAAGAAAACAGUGAAGAGGAGGAAAAAAAUGAUGAGAAUGAAAAAGAAAGGAAAAAGUUGGACAUUUCAAACAAGGAAAAUCACAAAGAGGAAGAUAGUGAUGAUGAUGAUGAUGAAGAAGAAGAAGAAGAAGAAGAAGAAGAAGAAGAAGAAGAAGAAGAAGAAGAAGAAGAAGAAGAAGAAGAAGAAGAAGAAGAAGAAGAAGAAGAAGAAGAAGAAGAAGAAGAAGAAGAAGAGGAGGAUGAAAGUGAGGAAGAGGAUCCUGUAACUGAAGAGGAGGAGGAUGAAGAAACUAAAGACAAUAAACCAAAACCUGAACCACCAAGAUAUACAAAGCCAGAGACGAUUCAGGCGUUUAAACCAACCCUACUGAGACCUCAGAGGGUAGAGCCCACCAGGCUGACUCCUCCUCCUCCACCAGCUGACCUGAACUCCACUGGUAACCCUACAGUUGUUGAUGACGCUUUGCAACGCGUCCUUGAUGAUGAUGCCGAACUCACAGAAGUGAAUCUGAACAACAUUGAUGACAUCAAACAGGAAACUCUUAUCCGAUUUGCUGAAGCACUAAGAUCCAACACCCAUGUUCGAGUCUUCAGUCUUGCAAGCACCCGGGCUGAUGACCACGUCGCUCUGGCCAUUGCUAAGAUGCUGAAAGAGAACGCAUCCAUUACCAGCCUGAACAUAGAGUCCAACUAUGUAAGUGGGAAAGGCGUGUUGGCGUUGGUUCAAGCACUUCCAGGCAACAACACCCUCACCGAGCUUCGCUUUCACAACCAGAGGCACAUGUGUGGAGGACAGGUAGAGAUGGAGAUGGUGAAGAUUCUGAGAGAAAACCACACUCUGAUCAAGCUUGGUUACCAGUUUAACCUUGCUGGUCCCAGAAUGAGCAUGACUGGAAUACUGACCAGAAACCAGGACCGCCAGCGGCAGAAACGACUGCAGGAGCAAAAGCAACAACAACAGGGCCAACAGCAAGAUGGAGCCGUCAACUCCAGAACCUCUGCUCUGAGAGGAACACCCAGCUCAUCGCCCUACAGUUCACCCAGGGCCUCCCCUUGGUCCUCACCCAAACUUCCCCGAAACAAUGAGUUGAAAAAGCAGACUCCACCUGUACCACCUCCUCCACCUCCUCCUCCACCUCCUCCACCACCCCCACCCCCCUUGGUGCCAUCGCAUCAGGAGAAGAAUAAACCUACAAGGAUGAUAGCAGAGGUCAUCAAGGCCCACGAGGCAGGCAGCAAGAAGGUGGCCAAACCGAAAGGGAAGAAGGGGAAGAAGGGGAAAGGGACGGCGAAAGAGGAGACAGGCUGCAUCCUGAAGGAGCUCAAGAACGCCCUGAGACCUGUGUCGGUAGAGAGACGAGGGGGGGAGGGCGGCAGCAGGCCAUCGACGCCCAUGAGGUCUGCCCACGACCAUCUGAUGGAGUCCAUCCGCGGCAGCAGCAUCAGGAACCUCAGACGGGUGGAAGUUCCACAUCAUCUACGAUGAGGACGCAGAAAACAGUGAUCAGCUCUGCACUAUAAUGGUGAUAAUGAGGAUGACGAUGAUGGAGGAUGAGACCAUCCUAAAUUCCCACUCUGAAAAGAUAAAAACAUAUAUGCUGGGAAUUUGCACUCAAUUUGAAAUAUCUUUACGUUUCAUAAAUAUAUAUAAUAACCCAUUUUUAACGUUUUAUUCUUAAAGUAAUAUGAUUUUUUUUUAAACCUGAGUAAAUACAGAAUGCAAUUCGUAAAUGAUUAUUUAAUUUAUUAAAAGCAACCUGGCUUUGGAUGAAAGUAAUUUGCUCCUAAAUCUCUUCAAAAUUUGGGGAGGAUGUGAAUUUUUUUAUAUCCAUCAGCCAUAUUGUAUGAUCAGAUAGUUUCUAUUUAAAGAAUAUAUAUUAAAUGUCUAGUUUGAAUGUGAUAAGUUGAACACAGGCCAGGUUGCUUUGGAUAGAUUUCCCCUUAAAAAACAGUGUUUUGUUUAAAUACUCUAGUUCCUUAGCCUGAAAUAUGAUCUUUAACAUUAAAGUGUGACAGGAAGCAAAAACAGCACAAAACCAUCAGGGGGGAAAACAUUGUUUUAACAUUUACGGUCUUCUUAUUCUGAAAUGUUUACUGUUUUCUACAUGUCUAAUUCUUUGUAAGACUGUAAAUAUGUUUUGUUCUUAGUUGAAAUAUGUGUGUUCAAUUCUGAAUAUAUCAUUUGCUUAUUUGUAGCACUAUGGAGGGAGACUUUUCUGUUUGUUCUUUGGUUAUUGGAUGAGUUUUAUCAAAGGGGAGAAAAGUGGACAAGCUGUUAUAAAAAGUUUUUUAUGUUUUUUUUUUUUUUUUAUUCGGAGUGAGUCAGCUUACUGGUGAGGAGCCGCUGAUGCACAGUCCCUCUCAAAGACGUGGACAACACACCCACUCAUCUAAGCGUGUUUUUGAGCCGUGUUUUUGCGCACUUUGUCUGAUCAAAUUGCAAUACAGAGCCAGUGGAGAGAAAACAAACUAACGGUGACAUCAGUGCUGAUGCCAAUAUCACCAGCGUCACCUAAAAGGCUUCCUCUUUGUGUUCUUAUGUAAACAGGGAAACGUGCUAAGAUCCUAACACAGUCAGGGAAGCAG